CAAUUCAAACUGAUAGUGACUACAGUCAAAAAUAGCGGCGCAGGGAAUUCUUCUUCCGGCUGACUGACAGCCAAAAGCGCCGAAGAAUUCUUCUUUCACCGCCGUCUGCAUUUGUCGCCGAAUAUGUCAAUCAACCCACCCAGCCGGCAGACGGUAUUAUUCAGCCUUGCAUAAAAUUUUUGUUUACCUUUUCGGAUGAAUUCCCGAACAAACAGAACGUUAAACCCGCAGCCAAAUAUACCUGCCGCAGUAUCCACACUUCCCUGUACUCCGUAGCCAGUGUGCCAGACAGCAACCUGUUCAUCACGGCAAUUUAGAAUUUACAACUGCGCAACAAUGAAAUACAACGAUUUAUUUUCCACUUGAAUGGCGAUCAUUUCGCCCUUUUUAUUGGAUUUACCUGGUCUAUUCGGGUGCUGGGCAUGAUGGAGCAUGAAAAGGAGAACGGUGCGGUGCAGGCCAACGGAACAGCGCUGCAUUAUGAGACCGAGAAGGAGAUCCCGUUCUGGCGCAACUCCGGAUUGAAUGAAGUCAAUUCCCUCUAUCUGCAGGAAUUCCGCUACAAACGACGCACCUCGCGGGCCAAGUUUCGGGUGCAUCUGCCGUUGGUGCUGCAGCGGAAGCGCAGGAAGAAGCCGCUGAGUAUGAACAACCUGCUGAAUGUGUACAUGCCCGGGAUCGGCGCGAUGAGCUACCAAGCGCUGUCCAUGCACCUGGUGCACAAGGGGAUUUUCUCCAGAUUUUUCGGUGAUCGUGAUCUGAGCAUCGUCAACAGUUUAUUAUACACAUCCCAUAUCGGCAUCGGAUUGUACAUCUACAAUUCCCCUCCGGUGUGCUUUGCCGCCAGCUAUAAUCGGCUCAUGUACAGCGUUUUCGGCAGUGUUCUUUUUAAUUUCGGCUCGCUGCUGCUGUGGUCGACAUUGCGCAACGCGGCCCAGUCAUUCCAUCCGUUAGCCAAAAUAUUCCUCGCUCUCAGCUGUGCAACCACGCUGCUGUUUGUUGGCACGGACUACAUGCACUUCCUGCAUGCAUGGCUGCGGGGAGAGUAUAACGACUGACAAUAAUAUUUUUGCACAAUUGUACAGUGGAUCUUCUGCUCUGGCUUUCUAUAGAGAGAGAAAAGAGCUGUUUUUUUCCCGGUUUUAUUUGGACUUUUUUCCAUUGAUAAGCCUUUGUGUUUUUGCGACAUUGCUCUGUGAUAAAUAUAUAUAAUAACCAGUUUUUGCGGUGAAAAUAUUCUUGUGAAGAAUUAUUAAAAGCGCAGAUUGUUGAA